UCCUGGAUCCAGGACUCCGCUCAUUUAGCUUCCAUCUGAAAGCGGACAGACUUUUGGACGGAACCGUUUCUACCGGGAGAAAUAACCUCAAACGUGAUUUGAGAGGACGCUUCUUUUCUUUAUUCUUUUUUAAAUCAAAAAGGGAAAGUCUGCGGCCGGUUUGGCGCUGAGGAAGGACUGGAGUGAAGGGCCACUGAGCUCAGACACUCUCCUUUCACUGAGUGACAGAAACUCACACAGGGGAGAAACACUCGGACGCGUCCUUCCAGGCAUUCAGCAUUCUGCACAGCCCAAAGUUUGCAGAAGUCAACUCCGGCCCUUUCAGCAGGAUGAGGGAACCCCUGAGGUGCCCGCUGGGCUUGUUCUUCCUGCUGACUUUAGUCUCCACUCACAGUGCCACCAAUCCUUUUGCAGGACAGCAGACAUCCUUGGACCCUUGCUAUGAUGAGGCCGGAGCUGCAAGACGAUGCAUCCCUGAGUUUAUAAAUGCCGCCUUUGGUAAGGAGGUGACCGUGUCCAGCGUCUGCGGCCGGCCUCCUUCCCGCUCCUGCAGUGUCGUUGAGCGCAGCGACGAUCGCCCCUCUGUACGUGCGUGUCAGAUUUGCGAUGCAUCCGACCCUCGGCGUGCCCACCCUGCCUCCUACCUUACAGACCUCAACUCAGCCCACAAUCUCACCUGCUGGCAGUCGGAGAAUCUGAACACGUCGCCCCACAACGUGACUCUCACCCUCUCUUUGGGGAAGAAGUUUGAGAUCACGUACGUCAGUCUGCAGUUCUGCUCGCCCCGACCCGAAUCCCUAGCGGUAUACAAAAGCAUGGACUAUGGCAAGACUUGGAUGCCGUAUCAGUUUUACUCGUCACAAUGCAGACGCAUGUACAACAGGCCCAACAAAGCAACUAUUACCAAACAGAAUGAGCAGGAGGCGUUGUGCACAGACGGCCACACUGAAAUGUACCCUCUCUCUGGAGGACUUAUCGCUUUCAGCACUCUGGACGGACGCCCCUCUGGUAAAGACUUUGACAACAGCCCCGUCCUGCAGGACUGGGUCACAGUCACUGAUAUUCGUGUUGUCUUCAGUCGGCCCCAGCUCCCCAGAGAGCUAAUGCUGGGCUCUGGCAGCAACGUUGGAGGAAGGGACGACGACCCACUGGCGGUAACGUCAACGUUACCAACGUACUUCUAUGCAGUGGGAGACUUCCAGGUCGGUGGAAGGUGCAAAUGCAACGGGCAUGCCUCGCGAUGUCUAAAAGACAAGGAGGGGAAGCUGGUGUGUGACUGCAAACACAACACAGAGGGGCCUGAAUGCGACCGGUGCAAACCUUUUCACUACGACCGACCGUGGCAGAGAGCCAACGCUCGAGAGGCUAACGAGUGUCUGCCGUGCAACUGCAACCUCCACGCUCGCCGCUGUCGCUUCAACAUGGAGCUGUACAAGCUGUCGGGAAGGAAGAGCGGCGGCGUCUGCAUGAACUGCCGUCACAACACGGCCGGACGCCACUGCCACUACUGCAAGGAGGGGUUCUACCGGGACAUGGCUCGACCCAUCAGCCACAGGCGCGCCUGCAAAGCAUGUGACUGCCACCCUGUGGGCGCCGCAGGCAAAACAUGCAACCAAACCACCGGCCAGUGUCCCUGCAAGGACGGCGUCACCGGCCCCACCUGCAACCGCUGCGCCAAGGGCUACCAGCAGAGCCGCUCACCUGUGGCCCCCUGCAUCAAAAUCCCGGUGGUCAACCCCACAGCUGCGGUGAGCAGCACGGAGGAGCCAGCAGAUUGUGAGUCUUAUUGUAAACCAGUGAAAGGAAAUCUAAAGAUCAACAUGAAGAAGUUCUGCAAGAAGGAUUACGCGGUCCAGGUCAACGUUCUGGACAUGGAGACGGUCGGGGACUGGGCCAAGUUCUCGGUCAGCGUUGUGUCUGUGUACAAAAGCCGCGGCGAGCCCCUGAAGCGCGGCGACAACAUCCUGUGGGUGCACAUGAAGGACCUGGCCUGCAAAUGCCCCAAGAUCCAGAUGAGCAACAGAUUCCUGGUGAUGGGCGGCGCCGAGGGUGGCACGGCCCCGGCGGCGGGCCCGGGAGUCGGGCCCGGAGGGGGCGUCUCCGGACCGGAGCGAGUUGGCUUGGUGGCUGAUAAGAACAGCCUGGUGAUCCAGUGGAGGGACGUUUGGACGAGACGUCUGAGGAAGUUUCAGCGCAAAGAGAAGAAGGGGAAAUGCAGCAAAGCGUGAUCUGACCUUCCUGACCUCUCCAUGACUGUUUCUCGCUCCUUCAACCCUCAUCGCCUUUUUUAAUCAAGGGAACACUGCGCAUACAAAAACAAUUGCAUGUACCUUCCAUGUUUUAUGGAUCAAUGUUUUUGUGUACAUUGUAUGAUUAUUCUACCUGUCUCUGUGUUCAAUUGGUUUGCCUUGAAAAGGAACCAAUGAAAAGGGUUUGAAACGUUCAACCCAUCGAACUCCGACCUCAAACUGGUGCGAGUGACCGUCUUCCGCCUCGUUGCUUUCGUACUUUAUGUACCGCAGGCCGUAAAGUUGUGUCCUCUGCACUUUUCCAAGGACGUAACUUUGCAGUGCUCCCCACUUUCUGAGUUGGACUGAUUUCAGCAACAGCUUAGCCAACUUACCGGACUGUCCGCUGGCCACCUCGCUCCGAGUCUUCACGUUCUGAUUGGCAGACUGCACCUAAGAAACUUUUUGUCCCAAAAGGAAGCAAGGGCUCCCUCAGCAGGGACGCUUCUCCUAGUCGUACCACCACCGCUGCUGCUCCUCACGUGGGAUCUUUUUAUCUACAACUUUGUGAUGCUGUUGCUGAUGACAGUUUUAAUUUCUCACUUGAAUUCUCGGCCAAGCCCUAUCUUGAUUUUCAGUCUGUCUAUUUGGCAGAAUGACCCUGUUUGUGCAUGUGAGGCUGCGCCUCUUCACCGCUAGUCCCUCCAACACAUCCUGACUCACGUCUUUGUUGUUUUUGGGGACAAAAGAUGAAGUGACACGGACAAAUGGCUGGAAUUUCAGAACAGUGCAACAUUUCCAGAGAUGUUUUUGCUUUAUGGAUAACGUCUUCCGCUGGUUGCCAUCUUCCAGAUGUUGCUGUUGACCAACGUAAUUUUUAUACUCUUUCAAGGUUUUAAUGUGUCUGAAGACUGGCAGGCUCCGCUUGGCCAAAAUAAGAGACUGAAACGAGAUUUUCUUUUCAUGCAGUACAAAAAUAGGAAUUAGGCAGAUAAACAUCACAGCCAUGUUUUUCUCUGUAGUGUAUGAUGACAACAAGAAUGAGGCUGGAAACAUUCUAGCUCUCGCUGAUUGUAUUAUGACAUGAGAGGAUCAUGUUUCAUCUUUUUGUGCUUUUCUUAUAUAUAUAUUUGCAUGUUUGUGGCUUCUUGCUAACGGUUAGCAGAGCGGGAGCUGAACCAAUGUGAGUCUGAAGAUCCAAUGGAAAACUUCUACCACGUGUUCACCCUGAGGCACAGCGUUGCCAUUUCACUGCCAAAUCAUUACUUUCAGUUUUAUAUUCAAUUAGAAAUGUACAGCUACUCUCAAAAUGUUUCCUAUUUCACUUCCUGAAGGAGAUUGCUUUGAGCAGUAGAGAAAAAAAUUGAGCGGAUGUGAAGAUUAAAAGUAUAGGUCACGACUGUUAAGGUAAAGUUCUGGGAUCAGUUGGUUAUAAAUCCAGAUUAUUGAUCAUUUACCAUCUGAAAACAACUUUAUCUAAAUAUACAUAACGUUUUAUGCAAACAGUAUUUUGUGAAUCAUCAAACUUUCAUCAUGUUUCCGUUGGGCAGUUAUUGAGAAAAAAACUGAUUGUUUACACAGAAACAUGAGGUUGGAGGCGGUGCGACGCCAACAACCUUCCUGAGUGAAACAUUUACUGAGAUUAGAAUAUUUCCUAUCAGACUAACUGUCUGAUAUAAAACUAAUGGUGAUGAUGUAAAAUGAAUCACCAAACUUUCAUUAUGUUUCAUUUGGGCCAGAACAAACCCUGAAAGGUUUGGAGGGCCAUGUGUAAAGUCAAAAACUUAACAGCAAUAAUUUGAUAAAACAAACCAAAUAUUUAUUUUAAAAUUAAAUAUUUUGUUAGCAAGCUAAAUAUUUAAUUUGA